AUGUCUGAUUCACUAUCAGUUAAUGUUGAUUCUUCAAUUAAGUCUGAAUUCUCCACUGAUGAAGGACACAAAACUAUCCAUGAGACUAAACACUUUCCAUCUAACAUCCAAAAGGCUAUUGCUGAGGUUGUUAGUACAUACAUUCUUAUAUUUGCAGGAUGUGGAGCAGCUCUUGUAAACGAGAAGUUGCCACUUACAAUAGUAGGCAUAGCAAUUGUUUCGGGUCUAGCUCUCACGGUGGCUACAUAUUCUAUUGGCCAUGUCUUUGGUGGCCAUUUCAAUCCUGUAGUCCCAAUUGCUUUGGUUGCUGUCAGAAAAGUUCAAUUUAAACUUGUGCCUAUUUAUGUGUUGUGCCAGAUGAUGGGUGCUACACUGGUACCUCUCACCCUCAAAGUGUUGCAUCAUGACAAGGUGGAUGUUGGAGUAACGGUGACUAAAUACUUGAGCUCAACUUCUCAUUUAGAAGCAAUAGUGUGGGAAUUCAUCACCGCUUCCAUACUGAUGCUCACCAUUUGUGGUGUUGCCACUGAUCACAGAGGUAGCAAAGAUCUCACUGGAGUUGCCAUAGGCAUUUCAGUUCUGAUUAAUGUCAUCAUUGCCGGGCCUAUUACUGGAGCUUCAAUGAAUCCAGCAAGGAGUUUAGGUCCAGCUAUCGUCUCUGGUGAUUACAAAAACAUUUGGGUUUAUAUCGUAAGCCCAAUUCUAGGAGCAGUCUCAGCAAGUACACUUUACAAAUUCCUGGAAGUAACCCAACCAGUUAAACCAAAAUCAUGUGAUUGUAACAUAUGCAGUCAUAAUCAUUUACCACUCUAA